GUAGUUUACGAAUUAUUUCAUUCUUGCUGCACACUCACUCCCAGUUUUAUAGUAAUUCAUAAUGUAAAACUAAUAAUGAUUGUGUAGAAAUAGCACAUAGAAGGGAUUUGAUGUCAGUCGCUUGGUAUGAUGCGAGUUCUUGGUGGCUAAAAUUCCUGUUGACUGUCCCUUUAAACUGGAGAAAGAAAAUAGCUUCUGAACAGACUUUUGCGCGUGCGUAGCAAUAUAAUGGUCCUCGAGGCAAUACUGGAGUAUAGAGCGCAUUCCUAAAGGAAAAUAGACACUGUCACCCAUCCCAAACAGACCAGAAGGAGUCAUGGGGAGUGUGUUCUUGCCGUCGGACCUCGCCAACACAGUGCUGAGGCGUUUGCGCAGGGACAACGGCUACCUGUUAGAGGAGAUCCGUCAGGGCAACAUCCAGAGAGAGUGCAGAGAGGAGAUCUGCACCUACGAGGAAGCCAGGGAGGCCUUUGAGAACGAUGACAAAACUCAACGGUUCUGGGAGGAGUAUGUGCGGGAGAGCAGUGGCGGGCAGCAGUUGGAGGGCAGAGUCCACUCCCUCUACCUGAUCCUCCCCUUGCUCCUGGUGCUCCUGAUCUCCGGCGUGGCCAUCACUGUGUGGCGCUGCCACUCCCGCAAGCGCUUGGAACGCAACCCCGCCCUGGGCCACUCCCACCAGGACCCCACCCUAUCGUUGGUCUCCAUGGACCGGUGGGGGCGGGACCUCCACGACCACUCGGAGCUCAGCGUCAACAGCAGCCCCGCCGACCCGGGCUCGGAGGUCACGCCGGCGAGGGGAGGCAGAGGAGACCCGCCCCCGUCUUACGACGAGGCGGUCGGCCACACAGAUGUGCACAUAGAGACAGAGCCUCCUCCUCAGUAUGAGGACAUCAUUGGCCAUGGGAAGUGAAGUGACCCCCCCCCCCUCUGUCUCAACCGGCCUCCAUCCAGCUAGAUCAGGGGUGUCAAACUCAUUCCAUGGAGGGCCGUCUGUCUGCUGGUGUUUUUUUUCUUUUUCUCCUCAAUUCAGACCAGCUGAGGGGAGGUACUAACUAAUCAAUGACCUUAAUUCGUCAGUCAGGGAGGAGGGGAAAACCUCAGCGGGAGGGAGGAGGGAAAACCUCAGCGGGAGGGAGGAGGGAAAACCUCAGCGGGAGGGAGGAG